AUGUCAAGUCGCCAAAGAAACGCAGAGAAGGCUCUCCAUGAUCAGACCGACAUCUUGCCCAAAGCAAAACUGCUUGUUGUCUUGGCCACACUUUCACUGACGCUUCUGAUUGCCUUUAUCGACCAAAAUGGCAUUGGUGUUACUCUCCCAACUAUUGCGGAAGACCUCAAUGCUGCCAAUACCAUAUCCUGGGCAGGCACUUCAUCCUUGAUCGCCAAUACCACUUUUCAGAUGCUAUAUGGUCGAUUGUCUGACAUUUUCGGCAGAAAAGUCGUAUACUUGGCUGCGAUCGGUCUGCUCUCGAUUGCUGCACUACUAUGUGGUCUCUCAAAGAACGCAGCCAUGUUCUACGUUUUUAGGGGUGUGGCUGGAAUAGGAGGCGGUGGCAUAACGAAUCUUUCCAUGAUCAUCCUGUCUGACAUCGUGACACUGGAACAACGCGGAAAGUACCAAGGAAUUAUUGGCGCUUUUGUUGGGCUGGGAAAUGUGGCUGGACCGUUCUUGGCCGCCGCGUUCAUCUCGCGGACGACGUGGAGAGCAUUUUUCUGGAUGACCUCACCCCUGGCAGCCCUUGUGGGUUGUGUAGCAUGGUAUUUACUACCGUCGAAAACACCAACCGUCGGGCUCAAAGAAAGUGUCAAGAAGAUCGAUUAUGGCGGUGUCUUGGCUUCAUCUAUAGGAGUCAUUUUCAUACUGAUACCAAUCAGUGGCGGCGGCUCGUACUUCCCUUGGGAGUCUCCCAUGGUCAUCAGCAUGUUGACGAUCGGAAGUCUGUCUUUUGUGCUUUUUGUGCUGCUCGAGUGGAAAGUUGCCUCGCUCCCGAUGAUGCCACUGAUGAUCUUCAAGAACCCGGUAGUUGCGGUAAUGCUGUGCCAAAGCUUUCUCUUUGGCGCGGUCUACCAGUCGUACUUAUACUACUUACCCUUAUAUUUCCAGAACGUCAAGCAGUAUUCGGUCAUUGUGUCUGCCGCCUUUACUGCUGUUCUCGUGUCAUUCCAAGCGGGGUUCUCGAUCCUAUCGGGGCAGUAUAUUUCUAGAAGAAAACGCUACGGCGAGGUAAUCUGGGUGGGCUUCGGUUUAUGGACUCUUGGAUCUGGGCUCAUGCUCUAUUAUAACCGAGAGACAUCGCCAGGAUUGAUCGUAGUUCCCUUGAUAUUUGUUGGUAUCGGAGUAGGCUUUAUCUUCCAGCCUACGCUUGUUGCCUUCCAGGCGCACGUUCCAAAAUCAAAGCGAGCAGUCAUUGUCUCCAAUCGAAAUUUCUUCCGAUGCGCUGGAGGUGCGUGUGGUUUGGCUAUUUCGGCCGCUGUGCUCCAGGCCGCUCUGCGAGCCCAUCUACCCGUAGAGUACAGCUACCUGGCAGAAGACACGUACUCGCUCCCCAAGUUCGAGGGGCCGGGCUUCGACGCUGUUCUUGAUGCUUAUAUGGCUGCGAGCAGAGCCGUAUUCAUCCUUCAAGUGCCCCUCAUCGGUACUUGCUUGCUGGGUUGCCUUUUUGUGAAGGAUAGAGGACUACAGCCACCCGAGGAGCCUAAGGCCAAGAGUCUCGAUGUCUCGUCUACGGGCGACUCUGUACAACAGCAGCAGGUUGUCACUGCCGAGGAAGGAAAGAUCACCGCUGGACCUCAAGUUGAUUCAAAUGCUACGGCCACACGAAAUUUCGUACCCGCCAGUAGAUAG